GUUGAAAGGGGAAAGGUCGUCUGAAACAUGGCUGCUCCCCUGGAUGACAUGUUUUCCUUCUGCGUGGAUCCCGGCAAAGUUGCCGGCUGCGUGGAAGUCAGAUUUAUAGACAAUAUUAAGGGCAAGGGUCUUUUCGCAAAAAGGAGCAUCAAGAAGGGAGACACCAUUUUCAUCGAGCGGCCUCUCAUCUCUGCCCAGUUUUUGUGGAAUGCCUUGUACAAAUAUAAAGCCUGUGAGUACUGCUUACGUGCUCUGGAGACCGCAGAGGAGAAUGCGAGGCGGCUGAGCGGCAUCCCUGGUCUCAGCCUUCCUCACCCUGAACUGUGCCGUGUUCGACCAGAGCUGCACCAAGCCUGCCCCCAAUGCCAGGUGAUGUAUUGUAGCAGCGAGUGUCGACGAGCUGCAGCAGAUCAGUACCAUAGGGUUCUUUGUCUGGGUCCCUCCCAGGAUGAUGCGGACCACCCCAUCAACAGGCUCAAAGAUGCUUGGAGGAGUAUGCAUUAUCCUCCAGAGACCUCCAGCAUCAUGCUUAUGGCCAAAAUGGUAGCUGUAGUUAAACAGGCUAAAGACAAAGCACACUGGCAGAAGCAGUUUUCUCACUUCUGCAGCCGGACAGCGAACGAGGAAGAGGAGAUUGCCCAUAAGCUCCUGGGAGAGCAGUUCAGAGGGCAGUUGGCUUUGUUACACAGCCUUUUUAAAGCAGCACUUUAUGAUGAUCAUCUCAGUCGGUGGUUCGUUCCUGAGGGUUUCCGCUCUCUGUUCGCUCUGGUGGGAACCAACGGACAAGGCAUUGGCACCAGCUCUUUGAGUCAGUGGGUUCAUGCCUGUGAUGCACUUGAGCUUCCUGCCCAGCAGAGGGAGCAGUUGGAUUCCUUUAUCGACCAGCUGUACAAGGACAUUGAGAAAGAAACGGGAGACUUUCUAAACUGUGAGGGCUCUGGACUAUUUCUGCUUCAAAGCUCUUGUAACCACAGCUGCAUGCCCAACGCAGAGGCGUCCUUCCCCGACAACAAUUUCCUGCUUCACCUCAGUGCCCUCAGUGACAUCAACCCAGGAGAGGAGAUCUGCAUCAGUUAUUUGGACUGCUGUCAACGCGACCGAAGCCGUCACAGCAGACACAAAAUUCUGAGGGAGAACUACUUGUUUGUCUGCUCGUGUCCAAAGUGCAUCUCCCAGAUGGAUGAGCUGGAUGUGACAUCUGAGGAGGAAGAGGAAGAAGAAGGCGAGGCAGAAGGUGAAACAGAGGGGGAUGAGAUGGAAGAUGAGAUGACAGAUGUCUGAUGAAAGACUUGCCUGUAUUGUUCUCAGCCAUUCCCAUUCUUGCCACCAAGCUAAGCAACCAUGAAGCCCGGAAGAAUAAAGCGCAGUCCGAAUCAUGAUCUGCAUUUCAUCAGGACUGUCCAACUGUGUGGGGAAAAAAAAAAGAAAAUAUUAUCAACACAUUUCACUCAUUCUUUGUCCAGUUAUAGAGGUCAGCAACAGAAAGCUUUUGCUUAAAGGAGGCACAUGUAUGCAGCUUGUGUGUGUCAGUAUUAGGACAGUCAUAGCUCUACUUAAACACACUGGGGUUUUAAAUACAGCAAAGAAUAGGGGUUGUAAGCGCUGAUUUUCAAGUUUCAGGGGUUUUGGUGUUCACAUCCAUAUUGGGUGAAUAGUAUAGGAUUCGUAGCCAUUUUUUUUUUUACCCUAGAGGUUCGUAUGAAAUGUAUGAAAGGACACCAAAAACUAAACGGUGGUGUGAUAAUUCUCUCUGUGUUUGUCACUGUGAAUAACACAUUACAUUCAACAGUCAUUUCAUUCAUGGCUACUAUAUAAAAUAUAGAGUAUAGCAGCUUUAAAUUACAGUUGAAAGUCAGCACUUUAUGCCCCUAAGUUAGUGUGUCAUUUUAAAUCCACUGCAUGGGAGAACAGUGCCAAAACAAAACUGUCAUACUACCCACUGACUGCACUGUGUCUGACCUCCAGGUCCACUAAAUACAAUCCAGAAGAACAGCUAUCAUUUCUUGUUCCUGGCAACAAAGUGAUUAAGCAAAGGGUAAUUGGUUCUCAGGUAUUUUUUUUUGCUCUACUUAUAAUACGUUUCUUACAAAUCUAUGCAUACAGCAUUGACAAGGCUUUUUAUUUAUAUUCUGUUGUAAUUACAGCCCUGUCAUAUGGGAGGCAUCCAGCCAGUGAAAUAUAGUUUGAUUUUCAUACCAUGAUCUAUGGGGUUAAGUUAAACCUUACUUAAUGUAUUAUGGAGACCUUGAAUGGAAAAUUGCUUUGUCAGUAACUGUUUGCCCUUUGUUGAGAACUGUAUUUCAAACAGUGGUUCCACAUGAGUGAAAUUGCUGCUGCUGCCCACACGUGAAUCAAUAUUACAACAAUGACUAUAAUCACAAAUCCCAAUAUUUUCAGUUACUCAACAAAGAUUGGAAAUAUUGAAAGAGCAAUCCCAAUUUUCUGUCAAUUGGCAUUCAGCGCAGUGGCACAGGAGAACAUGGCUUUGUAAGUCACACAAGUAUAAUUUAAAUAUUAUAACAGCAGCAAACAAGAGCCUAGCAGUUGUCGUUUUUACUACUCUGGCAUAAACCAUUGAAAUUGGA